AUGGGAGCUCGUCUUUCCCGCUCUGAUUUUCAAUGGGUUUACACUGAUGAACCACAUACAACACGACGAAAAGAGAUGUUGCAAAAAUAUCCUCAAAUCAAACAACUCAUGGGCCAUGAUUGGCGUAUUGCUGCUCAAGUUAUUCUUACUGUUAUUAUACAAAUAGUCAUGGCUAUUCUAGUUCAGGAUGUUUCAUGGAAAUAUGUUUGGUUCUUUACAUAUAUUAUUAGUGGUACACUUAAUCAUUCAUUAUCAAUUAGUUUUCAUGAAAUUGGACAUAAUUUAGCUUUCGGAAAUCUUAGACCUACAGCUAAUCGAAUACUUGGUUUUAUUGCAAAUUUGCCAUUAUGUAUACCAUCAUCUGUUACAUUUAAGAAAUAUCAUAUUGAUCAUCAUAAAUUUCAAGGCGAUGAUAUGUUGGAUCCUGAUCUGCCAACAUAUUUUGAAGCAUGGCUAUUUCAAUCACGUAUUGGAAAAUUUUUUUAUAUUGUUGCACAACCAUUACUUUAUGCUGUUCGACCACUCUUACGUGUACCAAAACCUGUGACACAAUUGGAAGUGAUUAAUCUUUUCAUUGAAAUAGUUUUUGAUGCGAUUAUUAUGUAUUUUCUGGGAACAAAAUCAUUCGUUUAUCUACUUUUUGGUACAUUACUUGGUCUUGGUCUUCAUCCAAUAUCUGGACAUUUUAUAUCUGAGCAUUAUAUAUUUGUUGAAGGUUAUGAAACGUAUUCAUAUUAUGGACCAUUAAAUUAUUUAACAUUUAAUGUUGGUUAUCAUAAUGAACAUCAUGAUUUUCCAAAUGUUCCCGGUUACGCUUUACCUCAAUUAAAAAAGAUCGCUCCAGAUUAUUAUGAUAACCUUCCAUGCCAUUAUUCUUGGUCGAAAGUACUUAUUGAUUUUAUUCGUGAUCCACAUUUAGGACCACAAUCUCGUAUUCGUCGUACAAUUCGUUCAAGUGCAUUAAAAUCUAAUAAUGCAAUUGAUAUGAAAAAUAAACAUCAAGUCAAUGAAAUUCUCCAUGAAGUUGUCGACAAUAACAACAAUACGCAUCCACAUAUAUCUAAGCAUGAUAGAAAAAUAAUCAAUAUGAAGAAACAUUCCAGUAAAAAUCCAUCAGCUAUAAAUACAAAUGAACAUCAUACAAAAACAGAAUAA